AUGCCUCACAGAAACCUUGUUACUUGGUCUUCAAUGGUUUCUAUGUACACUCAACAUAAUUACAGUGUAGAAGCAUUGCUGUUGUUUGUGCAGUUCAUGAGAAGUUGUAAUGAGAAACCAAAUGAAUACAUUUUAGCUAGUGUUGUAAGAGCUUGCACGCAACUGGGUGGUCUCAACCGUGCUUUUCAGGUACAUGGUUUGGUUGUUAAGGGUGGAUAUGUUCAAGAUGUUUAUGUGUGUACCUCUUUGAUUGAUUUUUACACCAAGCAUGGUUGUAUUGAUGCAGCAAGGUUGCUUUUUGAUAGUUUAGAAGUCAAAACCAGUUUCACGUGGACUACGAUCAUUUCAGGGUAUUCGAAACAAGGAAGAAGUGAAGUGUCUUUAAAAUUGUUUGACCAAAUGAGAGAGGGUGAUGUUUGUCUUGAUAAAUAUGUACUUUCAAGUGUUUUGAGUGCUUGUUCGGUGCUUGAGUUUCUUGAAGGGGGGAAGCAAAUACAUUGCUAUGUAUUAAGGAGAGGCAUCGUCAUGGAUGUUUCAAUGGUCAAUGGUUUUAUAGAUUUUUACUUUAAGUGUCACAAAGGGGAGUCGGGUAGGAAGUUGUUUGACCGGAUGCUAGAUAAAAAUAUUGUUUCGUGGACCACAAUGAUUGCUGGUUGCAUGCAAAAUUCGUUCCAUUGGGAAGCCCUUGACCUAUUUGUUGAAAUGGCUAGAAUGGAUUGGAAGCCUGAUGCAUUUGGUUGCACUAGCGUUCUCAACUCAUGUGGUUCACUCCUGGCUCUGGAAAAGGGAAGACAAGUGCAUGCUUAUGCUAUCAAGGUCAAUAUUGAUAAUGAUGAUUUUGUGAAAAAUGGUUUGAUUGACAUGUAUGCCAAAUGCGAUUCCUUGACUGAUGCAAGAAAAGUUUUUGACCUUAUGGCUGCUAUUAGUUUAGUAUCUUACAAUGCAAUGAUAGAAGGAUACUCAAAACAAAACAAGCUGUGUGAAACAUUGGAUCUUUUUCAAGAAAUGAGGCUAAGUUUAUUUCCACCAACUCUAUUAACGUUUGUAAGCCUUCUUGGGGUCUCUGCGUCAUUAUAUCUCCUGGAGUUAAGCAGCCAAAUCCAUGGCUUGAUUGUUAAAUAUGGGGUUUCUUUAGAUGAAUUUUCCGGAAGUGCUCUAAUCGAUGUUUAUUCAAAAUGUUCACGCGUUGGCAAUGCAAGAUUAGUUUUUGAAGAGAUACAGAACAAAGACAUUGUAGUAUGGAAUGCGAUGUUUUCUGGGUACACCCAACAGUUUGAAAAUGAAGAGUGUCUCAAACUUCUCAAAGGUAUGCAGAUGUCAAGACUAAAACCCAACGAGUUCACUUUUGCUUCUGUAAUCACAGCGACGAGUAAUAUGGCAAGUCUGCGACACGGUCAGCAGUUCCACAACCAGGUUAUAAAGAUGGGCUAUGAUGAUGACCCCUUUGUCGCAAAUGCUCUAGUUGAUAUGUAUGCCAAAAGUGGAAGCAUCGAAGAAGCUCACAAAGCAUUUAGCUCAACAAAUUGGAAAGACAUUGCAUGUUGGAAUUCAAUGAUUGCAACUUAUGCCUCACAUGGAGAAGCAGCAAAAGCUCUUAAGGUGUUUGAACGCAUGAUUAUGGAGGGAGUGAAACCAAAUUAUGUCACCUUUGUAGGUGUGCUAUCGGCAUGUAGCCAUGCUGGACUUCUUGACCUUGGAUUUGAUCACUUUUAUUCAAUGUCACAAUUAGGAAUUGAACCUGGAAUUGAGCAUUAUGCAUGCAUGGUUUCUCUCUUGGGCCGGGCUGGUAAAGUGUAUGAAGCUAAGGAAUUUAUCGAGAUGAUGCCAAUAAAACCAGCAGCAGUAGUAUGGAGGAGCCUGCUAAGUGCAUGCAGAGUUUCAGGUCAUGUUGAACUGGGAACAUAUGCAGCCGAGAUGGCAAUUUCAUGCAACCCAGCAGAUAGUGGAUCAUAUGUAUUGCUUUCAAAUAUAUUUGCAUCAAAAGGUAUGUGGGGAAAUGUCAGAAGAUUGAGGGAAAAAAUGGACAUAAGUGGGGUUGUAAAAGAACCAGGUUGUAGUUGGAUUGAAGUUACUAAUGAAAUCCACAAGUUUAUUGCAAAAGACACAUCACAUCGUGACUCCACUCUUAUAUCUUCGGUUUUAGACAAUUUGCUUUUACAGAUCAAAGGGAUUGGUUAUGUGGCAAACACCAACGCUCUUUUGCUUGAUGAUUGA